GGUCAAUAAGCAUCGUCCUUUAAAUUGUGAACAACAUAAAGACGCGCGAAAAGGACACUGUGUUUACGUUGCGCACGUCACAGGUUUGAAAUCAUCUGGCGAAACGCGAAACGGUCUCUCGUCGACGUUGCGCGCCGUCGACGUCGACGGUGAUUGGGAUUACCGGUGUGCCUCAUGAAGGACCGAUAGGUAUACAUAAUACGUAAGACUUGAGUGACGUCGAGCGAUUUACAUUUUCCGAGAGAGAUGGACGAGAUACAGGCAAAAAUUGGGACUUGGAUGGAACUAAUACAGUCGGAGAAACUGCAGGAUGUGUCAGAGGAUAUUCAGAUGAGCAUCUGUAUGCGACCUGACAGUAAAUUGAAUGGCAAAAUAUUUAAACUGCUACUAGAAUUAUGUCGCACGGCAGACAAGUGUGAUGAACAGAGCUGCGAGACUGGGAAAGGUAUUGCUAAAUUAGCCAAAUUGCUUUGCUCGUUGUUGAUCGAGAUACCUGAUGACAGAAACUUCGUCAAAGCACUGUUUAAAAUUGUACAAUGUUUAAUGUCUUUUAAUCUAUACGAGGAUGCGGCUGAUAUCUGUUGUUACUUGGAACCUGGCAAUUUGUAUAUUCCCAAAGACGAUACCAUGAUUCUUCUGACCAAAGUGUUAAGCCUGUGGCGUGUUUUAGUUAAUGACAUAUAUGUUACUCUUACAAAUGAGUCCGUAAACAUGGAGAAUUAUAGCCAGCUGAAAAGUGUCAUGAGACACGAAAUGAAAAUGAUUCAGCUGGCAUAUAGAAAUUAUAUGAAACAUUUGAUCGCCGCGAUAAGCGUAAACUUAGACAGAAUAGCGUUGAUUGAUAAGGACAAGAAAUAUUAUGACGAUUUUUGUAAAUAUAUUCUGGAAUACUUGUCAGAAGUGCAGUUACAUUUGGACAAAGAUGAGAAAUAUGUAAUAUAUUGUCAUAUACUUCGUAUUGUGUGUCACGUAAUAUGUAGGACUAUUAAUACAACUGACAUUGCAUGUACAGUCAAAACGUUAGAACAAUUAGCUAGUUAUUUCGAGACCGUUUUGAAAGAGGAUGAGGAAUGCUACCAGUGUUUUCAACAAUUCCAAAAUUUCUGUAAGGCUCUUUUAGUGCCGAUAAAGAAUCUCGUCAGCGACGGUGCCAAAAGUAUACAAAAUGUAAUUUAUUGUAACUUGGAUAUUGUGCAAACAUACGGACAUACUGAAUGCCUUAAGUUGAAUGCACUCAGCAUCGCAGAGGUGAUCGAGCCCCUGUUUACAUACUGGGAAAAUUGUGCAGAGACUGAUAAGCACAUGUUCCAGCAUUUGCUUGAUACUGGCAUCUUGCCAAAACUAUUGAAUUUAUUUAUACAUGUAAAUGCAGAUGAGUUUUACAACAAGCAAGUGUCUAUCAAAUGCAAAUGGUGCGGAGGCAAAUUGUGCACAGUUAAGAAGGAUUUCUACAAUGUCACAGUGAUGAAAUCUAGAGGCAUCAGUUUGGUAUGUAAAUUUCCUGCUAAAACUUUGCCGGCCGAGGUGUGUACUCUCGCUAGGAAAAUCUUGGAGCAAAACGUCGCGUCGAUUGUUCGUGAACUAAAGGAAAGCGAAUGUAAACGUUGGGUGCAAACGUGGAAUGCUUACUGUAGUUCAAUUUAUAACGUAGGCAUACUGUGUGAGCAUAUUUAUGAUGAAAGCGUGCGUCUAUUCUCCUUUUUGUGUACCUGCAUCUUCCAACUCGAAGGAGUCGAAUCUAAACAUCUCGAAGAUUCUAAGAAUCUUCAGAAGAUUAUUUCUUUUGCAUUGCACAGACUAAGUGUUGUGCAUUACAAUAACAAGAUGUACAGAAAAGCCAUGACUGCGUGUGCAUUGAAUAUUUUGUUGACUUGCAAACAGUCGGACACAAAAGCUUUUCAUAUGUGGAUAACCAUUAAAAAGGUCGCCGAAGAAAUUGCAAACUUAACUGUGCUGGAGUGCUUGAGGAAUGAUAAGGACGAGAUGAAGAGCGAACUGGGAUUUUCACUCGAUACUUCCAAGUACGAUCUUCCUGAGUUGUAUUUACGUGAAGCGAGAAAUUUGCUGGAAGGACAGAUCACAUUUACAAAUGGCGUGGAAGCGGUUCUGGACAAUCUUAGAAAGCUACAGCCGAGUAAUCAAUAUGCACACGUGGUGCAAUUAUUAGGAUAUUAUUUCUUGGGUUUCAAAUACGAUAGCUCUAUUCUGAAAUAUUACGAGCAAGCUAUAUGUGAUUUAAAACUAAAUAAAUCAAAUUCCGUGGCUGUUCUGUGCUUGGAAGCUAGCUUAAGCCUUUUUACGUUUGUGGAGGAGUUGCAUAUAAUGAACAAGCAAACUCACAUGGAAAUGGAAAAUACAAAAUUUGCUUUAUGCGCUCCCAAGUUGCGCGAGCUAGCCGAGACCAAGUCUCCGAAUGUAGUGCCUGCUUACACCAUGAUAAACGUUAAAAGGGACACCAAUCUUAUGCUGUGCCUGCAAAAGUCUUUGAAGAAGUGGAAACAGCUAUUUAAGUGCUACUUUAAAGAAAUGGUCAAGAAUUGGGAACCUAAGCUUAUACUUCGCAUGCUGAUAACAGCUGGUGAAUAUGCUCGAUUAUAUCGAUAUGAAGAUUGCGAAGUUGAAAUAUGGACAUUGGCGUAUAAGUUAGCAUCGGAAAUGAACGAUCAUGCAACUAUUUAUAUUACUAGUCGUUGUAUAUCAUUGAGACAAGUCAAUUACGAUUGGAUUACGACUGCUAAGAAGCAUAUCAUAGAGCAAAGAAAUUCUACUGACGAAAAUGUAAUUGACACCAUUGCUACCUUUUGGAUAAGUUUAGCAGACCUCUAUUUUGAAUGUGGAAAGUACGAUGAUGCCAAGCAAUUACUUACCGAAGCUAGGAGUUUUUCAAAAAUUUCAUUUGUUGCUAACAAAUCCUUGUAUCUGUUGAGUUUAGACGUUCUCAUACGUAAUAGCCAUUUUUAUAAAGAUAAUAUGCAACAUGAGGAUUACGGUUCAUAUAUUGUGGAAAGUCUGUUUGCAAUGAGGUCCUUAAAUGUACAUCUUUUAACGAAAACAUGGACAGAUCAAGCGUCGUAUCUUUUCAGUUACGAUGUACUAUUCACCAUGGCAGUCAAUUUGUCCAUUAGGGUGAACAGCAUGUUAUCUUUUCGUGGCAUUAGCCCGGAUUUAGUACGAAUCCUGAAGUCGGCACAGAGCAUAAACGCGAUGCUGCGUACCGCCGAGUUAUUGAAGUUGCUAUGUUAUAUCGAUCUGUCGCGUUUACAACUGGACGAUUGCGAGGUGAAGCUGCAAGGCCUCGAGCACAUGUUGAACAUCGAGACUUUCCAACUGUCGAUGGAGUCCAAACCCGUUGAAACGCCGCAGGUUCAUCUCGCGGUGACUCCCACGAAGCUCGUAGACCCUGUCAGAGACGCGUCAGAGUACGGCGCUUCCCCAGUGCUCGGCAAGAAGGUCUUCGACCUGCCGAAAUUCACGUCUCACACGAAUUGCGAUUGCUACAAGUGCGGCAACGUUUCGUAUCAGUACUUGGUAUUCGCCACCACUUAUAUCAGAGCGCAGCUGUAUGCCCUGCAGAAGCACACCUUGGCGGCGCUCGAUCAUUUCCACGGUGCUUUUGAAAUAAGGCGAAGACUAUUCGAAGAAGAAAAAUCAGUUCUGCCCGAGAACUGGCCUCGAGACGAAAUUGGCGUGAAGCGAUUCUCUUGGCAAACACGUUUCUACAUCACCGAUUACAUAAUGCUGUUGAUCGACUUCAGUUACUUUAUGAAGACGAGCGUAACGUCGAGGCAGGAGGAUGCAUUCGAUAUUGCCAAUUUAGCGGUCAAUAUGUGCUACAAAUACAAAUUAGAGGGACAUCCUGUCUAUAUAAUGGCUAAGGAAUUGACGCUUGAUAAUGAAUUUCAAUCGAUAUUAGAAUCUUCAGACGGUUUAAAGUUUAUGGUUCCGCAGCCACAUGACAUUGAUAUAGGUGUCCAUGCAAAAGUCCCGAUUGAUCCGAAAGUUUGUGUCACGCCAUGCGCUCAGAAUCGUGCCUCGAAACCUCUUUCAGUUCGACGUAGAAAGAGCCCAAGGGUUUUGAAGAUACCUAAAAUUAAUUUGAUUUGGAGUGACGACGAAGAUGACAAUAGUGCAUCGCCACCACCACCGCCACGACCAUCAUCAGUCACAUAUACGAAUAAAAAAUCCAAGUCGCGUACAAAUUUAGUGAAAAGAAAAAUUUUGGAGGAAGACCUAGUGGAUGAUGUAGCUAGUUUAAGUAUAGAAGAUUCGAAAGAAACAAAGUCGGAAAGUCUGAAUGAGAAUGAAAACAGUAUGCAAGAGAAAUCGACAAGGGAUAUUAUGAUUAAAGUGACGUCUCUAGUUCCAGAUAUAUCGAAGAAUUUAAUGAAUUUAGUAGACAAGUCAGAUUUACCUGCCACGAUGGAAAACGUCGAAAAAUUGAUAGAAAAUAUAGAAAGUCUGAAAAUUAAAUCAAACACAAGGAGAAAAAAUGUUAGGGAUACGAAACUGUUAACAGUCGCUGAUUUCAACAGGAAUAUAAAUCGGGCCGUAGAAUUACUGAAAGACAUGACAAUAAACGAAAAGACAAAUGAAAAGAUCGAUUCUUCCACGCCGACAAAAUCUGAAAAAGUUGAUAAAUUAGCAGAUCAGAAGAUUCCAGAAACGCCUAACGAAAGAAAAUUCUUUAAGACUAGAAGAUUGAAGGAAAGCUUAGAAAAGGCGAGUACACCAUUAACGAAUAAACAUAAGACUGCACGAAGUAAAUCUCCCAGAUUACUUAUAAAUAAUGAAGACAGUACGAGAACGAUAAGAUCCAGUCUCAGAAGGUCUAAGAAAGAAUAACUAUCGUGAAAACCGUCAGCAUCUUGAAAAAUUCUGUAGAUUGUCAAAAGACAAUAUUGCGUGUAUUCUAUAGCGUGAUGAAAUAAUUAUUUUUAAUAAAAGUCAAAUUUUAUAAAUAAUAAAAUCUUAAUGUAUUAUACUUAAUAGAAGAUUGUAGGUUUUACAUGUCUAUAAAUUUUAUUUCGAAUGGAUGAAAAUUGAAUUCGGGAUUUUAAUUUACUUUUUUAUUAUAUUUUAUAAAUAGCCAUUGAAUUUGUUGUGUUCCAAUUAAAUACUUUAUAAAAUCAA